AUGGGUGGAGACGUUAAAGCUCUCGUCAAGCCCGCUGGUAGUACCAGUAAACACUUGCCUUUACCACUGGCAAAGCGUAUCCUCUUGCAUGUCUUGCAUGGUCUCGCUCAUAUACACCACUGUGGUGUCGUGCACGCGGAUCUCAAACACGACAAUAUCAUGUUUGACAUUGGCCCGAUGACACGGGACGACAUCGAAACCUUCAUCAAGAUGAACCCGGCUCGGCGCCACCCUCCCGAAGAGAGCUGGCAAUGCGUCGUUCAAGCAGGCGUCUCCCAACCACUCCCUCUCCCUUCGCCCUCUGAGGCUAUGACCCGCAACUACAUGGUUGCAGAUUUCGGCAGCGCGCAACUUUUAGACUUACGGACUACCGAUAAGAUCACUCCCUUCCCCCUUCGUGCCCCAGAAAUCAUUCUUCGGGGCCCAUGGGAUACUAAGGUUGAUAUCUGGGCAUUUGGAUGUCUGAUAUUCGAGCUUACCACUGGUUCCUCUUUGUUCAAAUAUAAACCUUAUCCAGAACACAAGCUCGACGAACCAACAGGGCAUCUCUGGCAAAUGCUCUGCUUCUCAUGCGAGCGCAUGACAUGCGACCGAGUAAACACAAGCAAGCUUGGGGCUCACUACUUUGAACCCGCGGUUGACAACCCCAUGUUCUGUGACCUGAAGGCACAUCCGCCCAAAAUCAAUCACCCUUAUCCCCUGUCUAUUAGGAACUAUAAGGUGAUGGAGGAAAAAGAUAACCUUGCAACAUCACUUCUUAUGCGGAGGUGUUUGCGCUUAAAUCCGGAGGACCGAGCAACGGCGGAGGAGUUACUCCAGGAUCCUUGGUUCCAUGGUGCAGCUCAAGUUAUUUUUCUUUUGUACAAUUAUCUCAGGAAUCAUUAA